UUUUCGACCCAGUGCUUGCCGGACGUGAGCGUGCGGUAGAGCAAGAUUCAGAACGAUUAUUCUCGUACCAGCAAGAAGAUACUGAUACAGUGAAAGUGUGCCGAACCGCCGGAGACACAAUACACUCUACCGCUUUCUUGGAUAAUUCUUGUAGUAUAAAAGUAGAGCAUGGAGGGCCUGCCACGCGCAUUAAACUACGAACUUUCGCAUGAUUUACAUUUCGACCACUAUGCUGGUGCGACGGCUCAGCAGAUUCUGAACAGCGGCAAACACUCGUCCGGUGGCGAGGACUCAACACCCACGAUCACCACUCUGGACACCCUAGCCAAUAGUGAUUUUCUGAAGCAGAUUGGAGCUACGAUUCUUAACUCAAUCCAGCUAAAGCAUCAUCACCAGUUUAGCGAAUUCGCUGCCUCCCCGAGAAACUCGAGUGCGGCGAUUAUGGAUUUUGACUUGGCCAACCAUGUGAUCCUGGACGGAAGCAGUGUGGAUCAGUUGCAGCAGCAGCUUGAAUAUGACAAGUUCAUGAACGAGGUGUGGAUUGGUAUCGUUUUCGCACUGAUCCUCAUAUCGUUGGUUUUUUGCGUCUGCUCGUGCUUUCUUUACCAUCAGUUUCGGACUUGGAAACGCAACUAUCGCAGUAAUGCGAGUAAUUCCACACAGUGCACAAUUGUUGAUAUUGAAGCACUGAAGCUGCAUCCUGAUGCAGAUGAUCCUGUGCCGGAAUAUACCUUGGUAUCGGGCUUACCCAGCUACGAAGCGGCUCUGGAGCUAUUGCACAAAGCACCCAAAUCAUCAUGCCUGAUUGUCUAUCCAAGCGUUUUUAAUGUAUUCAAUAAGCACGAAAGAGCUAGCUCUGUCUCAAAAGCAGCAUCCGCAGCAGUACCAAUCCAACAAACAGUAAGAACUGAAAACGGAGCAGCUGAAAAUUUUGCAACGCCACAAACACCACCGUUAAGUGAGGUAACAAUGCCCCUGCUACCACCCAUCACCACUCCAACAGCAACACCAUUGGAAAAAUCACAAAUAGCACCGGGUUUAGCCACGCCCACAUAUGAAUCGAUUAAGACGAACCUUGUAAUGAUGCCGGUUGUGCCCAGCUAUGCUGAGUUAUUUGGCAGCUCCUGCAACACCAAGGAUGAGAAAAAUAAAUUUAAAACAAAAGACAGCCUGUGUAAAGACUUGAAGCGAUGAACGCGGAUGGAUUGAUUCAAAAUCGUUCUUAUGGAUAUCAAAUUAACUGAGCUCUGUGAUAUUUUAAUUCAUUCUAUUGAUAUCGAUGGGCCUCACCAAACACCUAUGUAGGUACAUAAGUUUUGACAAAACGCUGUGAUUAUAAAAAAGACGUUACUACAAAAUCUACUUGCUACCAAUAUUAGCCAGUCAGUUAGUUUAAUGAAAAUUGUGCUUAAAGAGUUUUUAUUUUCGUACUUAAAAUCCUUUAAAGAAAACGUAUGUACAUAUAUAUUUAUAAUGUUCUUAGAUUUAGGUAGGCUCAAACUAAUUUUUUAUUAAUAAAU